AUGUACUAUUUGACGUCACGAGGCAAGCCCUCUCUCCGCGCAUACCUAACGACUUUCCUGGUGUUUUCGACGAUAUUCGUGCUCCUCGGAUGCGCAAUCACAGCCUACAUACUCUUCUACUGGUCGUAUAUCCCACGCAUCGGCUUCGAGCGAACCAUCCACCUCCAAUUCGAUAAUGUCUACAAACAUGCCACUGCCAAGAGAGCAGAACACCCUUAUCCCUAUGGAAGCGUGAAUCUAGCUCCAGAUCUGGUCGGCUUGCAAGGAUACGAUGUGGUUGUGGAUCUGGUUAUGCCGCGCACGCCAGAGAAUCAAGAUGCAGGCAACUUCAUGCUGGAGGUCACAAUGUAUGCACAGGACGAAAGAGCUAUCAACACGCCAGUCGGCAUGAGCCCACUUGAUGCCGCAAGACUUGGCCUCUCGCCCGCAUCGACCACUCCGGAUGCCAGCUCAAUCUUGGCCAUUUCGCGACGGCAUGCUAUCUUGCCAUACCGCUCGUGGAUGGUCGAACUGCUACAUACCUUUUCAAGCCUGCCUUGGUACUUCUUCACUCUGCGUGACGAGACACACAAGCUCAGCAUACCAGUUUUCGACAAAGUGGCUUUUGCAAAAGGCCGGCAGAACCUUCCUGCAACGCUGCAGCUUGAGAUUCAGUGCACUCAUACCCUACACGUCUACAAUGCUGUCGUACGCUUCCGCGCACGAUUCACCGGUCUACGCUGGAUCAUGUACAAUCAUCGUAUCAUUUCAGCCUUCGUCUUCAUUACCUCAUUCUGGAUUACCGAGCUAAUCUUCUUCGGUCUCGCAUGGGCUUUGCUCUCGUUCUACUUUUCUUCCUCGCCAAAGCCGAUCAAAGAGGAGCUGCGAGCCGGCAGGGACUCUGCAGGUGCCAUCAAACAAGAAGCCGACGAGGACAUGGAACCAGUCUUGUCUGAUACCGAACGUCAAUUCCCAACGCUGAAGGGCCAGGAGCCGUUGCGGUACAGUCGAAGCUCAACGUCUCGAAUCAAGCAGGAAUCAGAUGUGGAGCCCGCGAUACCUCUUGUCACGCCCGCAGCUGAGGCAGAUGACGAGGACGAAGAAGACGUUGACUUUUUCGAUUCUGGCAUUGGCACGUCUUUGGAAUCGUCAAAUCCCAGUCGGCGAGACAGCAUACGAAGACGGCGAGGGAGGUUGAGCGGUCGAGCCGAUGAAGAUCAGAAAGCGUAUUAGGAAGCACGGCACUACAUCUUCGAAGCGGAGCCAGCACAAGACAGCAAGGCUGAGCACAUUGGCACCCCAGACAAAGAGCGUCAUUUCUGGAAGUUCAUUGAUUCGCUGGCGCAUGAGACGGACAGCGAGAGCGAGGCGGUAUGAUGCCCUUAUGACUUCCACAGACGUGUGUACUAUCCCAGUGACAUAUAGACCUAAGGACCCCCCGGGCGUGAGCCUAAAGCGUCCAAAUGAUUCAUGAGUCGACG